AAUUUGUUGCAACUUGCAAGGACCGAAGGAGGAUUUUUCUUUUUCAAAAUACAAAAGUGGGGUUUUGUUUUUGUACCAGCACCAGGCCGUCGGUUUUGAACACGUUUAGAAGAGAAAUUGCAAAUGGAGCUUCCAUUCUUAUUUCAGCAAAAUGCUAGAUCAAUUGGACUUCAAGCUAGUUAUUUUUGAUGACAUAUUUCAUCUUGAUUAAUACUGUAAUCGUUUGUGGAAUUAAUUAAUUUUUGCUUAGUGACAAGUAAUUAGACCUAUUGAAUUCGUCAAGUUUUAGUUUUUCUAAAUUUCUUUGUUGUUUUUGGUGAAAUCAGAACAAAUUGUAUCAACCAUCAUAAUGUCAAGUAUUCCUCUGUGUUUCAAAAUGAAAGUGUGGUACGCUGCCAGAGAUGGUUUAGCUAUGACUAUUGUAUCAUUAUUGGAAGGAAAACAUCCAGACGUUAUCAAUGAAGUUUUAUCUCAGAAAGUGACCGAAGAGUAUGGAGAUAACUGCACUCCCCUGAUAAUUGCUGCUAAAAAUGGCCACGAGAAAGUGGUUAGAGUUCUUAUUUCGAGGUUUAAUCCUGAUCUCGAACUAGAAGGCUCAGUCAAAGUGGAAAACGUUGUAGUUGAGGGCGCGAGUGCUCUUUGGUGUGCUGCAGAUUCGGGCCACUUGAAUGUUGUGAAAAUUCUAGUGAAAGGUGGUGCGAAUAUCAACCACCCCACUUUGUCCAACUCGACGCCAUUGAGGGCGGCUUGCUUCGAAGGAUAUCUGGACGUGGUGAAGUAUCUAACCGAGCAUGGCGCCGACCUCACCAUUGCCAAUAUCUACAAUAAUACGUGUCUCAUGAUUGCUGCCUUCAAAGGAAACAGAGAUAUUGUUAGUUACCUACUGGAGAAAGGCGUGGACCCUGACGAGAAAGACUAUUGUGGCGAAACAGCGAUGCACUUUGCAGCCGAGUGUGGCCAUAUCAACAUCGUCAGGGAACUUUUGCAAUAUAAUGCCGAAAUCACCAAGAACAAAUACGGUAUGACUCCACUAUUAACGGCAGCAGAUAGAACAAAAGAAAAUCUUGUGUGUUUCCUUGUCGAUAGACCUGAAGUUUCACUUAGGGAGAAAAUUGAUGCGCUGGAGCUUUUAGGAGCAUCCUAUGCCAACAAUAGUCGGAAUUAUUCCUUGGAGUUGUCACAUCAUUAUCUGGUUAAAACUAUGGAACUCAGGUACCUGGAUGAUGAGAAUCCGAUACUGAAGCCGGAAGUCGAGCCGAUACAUGCUUACGACAACUGGCAGGAGUCUCAAACGCUUCAGCAGCUGGAAUCGAUUCGUUCGAACAGCGAGGCGCUACACAUGGAGUCGCUGGUGAUACGAGAGCGAAUCCUGGGCCAGUGCAACCCGGAAGUGCCUCACUCUGUGAUCUACCGCGGCGCCGUCUUCGCUGACAAUGCUCGCUUCGACCGCUGCCUCGACCUGUGGCUGCAUGCGCUCCAUCUCUGUCAGAUCAACCAUGCGUCUGUUUACAAGGAUCUCUUGAGGUUUGGUCAGGUGUUCUGCCAGAUGGUUCAUCUUGGUGUCGAUAUUAGUUUUUACUACAUAGAGAAAGUUUUAGAGGCGGCAGCACUAGAACUAGAAAGGAACAAAGAAAAAUUGCUAACUUGCACGUCUAAUGAAGAAGCUCAAUUGAGGGAGGAAAUGGAAAAGAAUGUGAUAAGUGCCUUGUAUGUAUUAGUUAUAUCUUCCAAACUGAAUAAUGAUUAUUGCAAGGACGACGACUUCAAACUUCGUAAACUAGUAUUCAAAUUAAAUAGGCUUCAGGUUACAUCAAGGAUUGGUCAGACUUUGCUGCACCUUUGUGUUAACCCAGAUACUCCAGUAGAUGAAUUUCAUACAAAUGAUGUUUGUAGGUUCCCUUGUUCAGAUACUGCCAAAUUAUUAAUCCAAUGCGGUGCUAAUGUUAAUGCAAUGGAUGAUGAAGGCAAUACUCCUUUACAUGUGAUAGUUCGAGAACAUUUUUCCAGUGAUUUCAUCGCUCUCCAUAAAAUUGUAAAUAGUUUGGUUGAAGCUGGUGCUCAUAUUGAUGUUGUUAAUGUAAAAGGAAAAACAGCUUUUGAAGUAGCAACGUCAGGCUUUGCUAAGAAUGUUAUUAGGAUGCACACAAAAAUUAACCUCAUAUGUAUGGCAGCGAAAGUUAUUCAGCAGAAUCGUGUUCCCUACUAUGGUCAAGUGCCUCAACAUCUUGAAGAAUACAUAGAUCUGCAUGGACCUGGCUCUAGACCGGAGAAAAAAGAACGAAAGUCUACUCUUGUUUCCUGUAAAGGUCGGCGAUUGGAUCAUUUUUGAAAAUCGUACCUGCUUUUCUACCUGUCAAUGAAAUGACAAGAACUGAUGCUGCACUAAUCAAAAAACAAUUUUAAUUUUUUUAUAAAACUGUUUUUUACCUUUCAAAAAUUGAUAAUGUUAUCAAUCCGUGGGACAAAUUUGCAAUAACUAUUUAGCACAAGCUGAGAACUUGAAUCGAAAAUGCUUAUUGCCAUACUUAUGUUAUAUCUUGUACUUGGUUUUAGCACCAGAAUCUCAUAAUGAAUUGGGGUUCUACCCCUUGAUCAAUACAUUUCAAACAGUCAUAUUUAUGAAAAACUGGUUUUUGUCCAGCUUUUUUGAAUUUUGAUUAAAAACCUUAUAUUUUGCUUUUACCUGAAUAAUUAAAAAAGUGUCUAGUCAUUGUAAUUUCGUUCUCUAGGCCAAACAGUUUAAAGAGGUUCGUACCUCUUAUGAAGAUUACCUUUACCUUUAUGAAGAUUUUUAAAGCUCUGAAAAAUUUGUAUUUUUUCAAACUUAUGAGUACAUGUAUAAAUUUGCAUCAUGCAACAAAUAUAUUUCAUGUGUUAGAACUAUAUUUUAUAUACUGUAGUUGAAAAAUCUUCAAACAAAUACUUAAAAUCAAAUAUACUUUUAUAGUAGCAGUACACUGAACCAAUCAAUAAUGAAAAGGAAAGGAAAAGUGAAGUGAGUUGCCCAACUUCGCCUUCUUAUAAAUUAAGUUAAUAAUAGUUACAUUUGUAAAACUGGUACUAAUGGUAAGCAGUUUCAUCAUGUCAUAUUAAUUUGAUUAUGUCAUAAUAUGUUUUAUUCGUUUGUUGCCAGCCAUUCUAACUGAUUGUGAACCCGAAAUUAUUGCUUCCAGUUCCCUCUCAUAUAGAAGUCAAUUCAUCAUAAAAAUAUUUUCUUUUGACUGAUUCGAUUUAAUUUUUAGUUCCUAUAAAAUAUUUAAGAAAAACAAAUAAUCUAAAAAAAUAAUUUAAAAUAGAUAUAGUUUGAUGAGCUUUUAUUCAAUUUGUCCAUUCUGUGGAAAAUAUAAUCCCAUACUGAAAAGAAUUCUCACUGAAAAGCCGCAAACUGCAUUACAAUAAAAGCCUAUUGUAAACUGUGUAAAUCUAUUUUAUGUUACAAAAAUAAUUGAGUGAAGGAUAUAGAAUUAGUUACAUCCUAAUAUUUACGGCAACCAUAUUAUUUUAUCAUCAUGAUGGAAGUGAAAUUAUAUAAUAUAGAGAUAACUACUGGCGAUUUUUACCAAAGAAAUAUGAAACUUUUUAUAUCAAAUUACUAGCCAUCAUUGCUAGAACAUGGUCUGGAUUUAUCAUGUAGAUCAGAUGAAAGGUUCCUAAAAAAUGUUAUCAAUCGAAAUAUCUACCUAUGCUCAAGUGGUUGAUAAGUAGUUAUUGAUAAUAAUAUUUCAAGUGCCAUUUUGCUGAAAAUAUUGUAUUAAUCUGGAAAUCGUAUUGCUCUUUAAUUUUUGUCAUAAUGUGUAAUCUAGAUUAAAAGAUAUUUUUUUAUUGAAUAUAU